UUUUUUUUUUUUUUUCCGGGCGGCCCCGGCGGCUGCGUACUGGCUGUGGGAUGGGAAGUGAAGCCCCAGCGAGCGGCAGCGGCGGGGCUGUGAGCAGCAGCAGCGGCAGCCAGGGGGAGGCGGCGGCUCGUCGGUGAGCGGCUGGGAAGAGUGGAGCCCCGGCGGAGCGCCCGCGGGCACGAGCGGAGGCUUCACCAUGGCGAUUCGCAAGAAAAGCACCAAGAGCCCCCCGGUCCUGAGCCACGAAUUCGUCCUGCAGAAUCACGCGGACAUCGUCUCCUGCGUGGCGAUGGUCUUCCUGCUGGGGCUCAUGUUCGAGAUAACAGCAAAAGCUUCUAUCAUUUUUGUUACACUUCAGUACAAUGUUACCCUCUCAGCAACAGAAGAACAAACUACUGAGUCAACGUCCCUUUAUUACUGUGGUAUCAAAGAUUUGGCUACAGUUUUCUUCUACAUGCUAGUGGCGAUAAUUAUUCAUGCCAUAAUUCAAGAGUAUGUGUUGGAUAAAAUUAACAGGCGAAUGCAUUUCUCCAAAACAAAGCACAGCAAGUUUAAUGAGUCUGGUCAACUCAGUGCCUUUUAUCUUUUUUCUUGCAUUUGGGGCACAUUCAUUCUAGUAUCUGAAAACUACAUUUCAGACCCAACUAUUUUGUGGAGGGCUUAUCCCCAUAGCUUAAUGACGUUUCAAAUGAAGUUUUUCUACAUAUCACAACUGGCUUAUUGGUUUCAUGCUUUUCCUGAACUCUACUUCCAGAAAACCAAAAAAGAAGAUAUUCCCCGUCAGCUCGUCUACAUCGGCCUUUACCUCUUUCACAUUGCUGGAGCAUAUCUUUUGAACUUGAAUCAUCUAGGACUUGUUCUUUUGGUGCUGCAUUAUUUUGUUGAAUUUCUUUUCCACAUUUCCCGCCUGUUCUACUUUAGUGAUGAAAAAUAUCAGAAAGGAUUUUCUCUGUGGGCAGUUCUUUUUGUUUUGGGAAGACUUCUUACUUUAAUUCUCUCAGUACUCACUGUUGGCUUUGGCCUUGCAAGAGCUGAAAAUCAGAAGCUGGACUUCAGUACUGGAAACUUCAAUGUGUUGGCCGUUAGAAUCGCCGUUCUGGCAUCCAUUUGCAUUACUCAAGCUUUCAUGAUGUGGAAGUUCAUUAAUUUUCAACUUCGGAGGUGGAGGGAACAUUCUACUUCUCAGGCACCAGCUGUGAAGAAGAAGCCAGCAGUCACUAAAGGCAGGUCUUCUAGAAAAGGAACAGAAAAUGGCGUAAAUGGAACAGUUACUUCAAGUGGAGCAGAUUCUCCCCGUAAUAGAAAAGAGAAAUCUUCAUAAUGAAUUACAGUCUAAAUGAUUCAUGUCCCCAAAGAAAUCGGCUUUUUACUAUAUCUUUUAAGCACUAAAGAUUUUUUUGUUUGUUUGUUCUUGAAAAUACAGUUUAUGCUCUUUAAUUCUUGCUAUUGUACUGUUUCGUGCAUUUUUUUAAAAGGGUGUUGAGAAGAUGAUUACUACGAGUAAAAACAGAAUGUUUUAAAUUAGAUUAAGCUACCUGCCUUCAAAAUAGUUUAGGGACCACCCUGUAUUUUAUUCUGGUUUUUUUUAUCUUUGCAUAUUUUCUAAUGAUUUGGAAAGACAGCUAUUACAAAAAAAAAAAAAUCUACAUAUCAGUGAUACAGUUUCUUGUGCUUACCAAUUUUUUAUAUUAGCAAAAUGACCUAUUCCAGUAUGGUCAUAUUUUUUAAGUUAUCUUUCAGGGUAAAAUGGAAAAACUUUAAAGUUGGAUGUCAAAUUUUAAUAUGUUUUCAGUGUUCUCUAAUUUUUAGGAACUUUUGUAACCUUUACACCUGGGAAAAGUAUUUGUAAAUUCACCAAAAUAAUUGUGUUUUAUUUUCUAAGCAGUAGUUGUUAGUGUUACUUCCCCGCUUUUUAAAAAGAAAGACAGGCUGUUGGUUACAAUCUGAGGAGACGUAUUGCCACAGAUACUGAAUCAAAACAUCUUCUAUCAGCAUAAAAAUACUUGUGAUGUUCUAUCUUCUGCAUUUUCAACACUUAUAAGCUAGAAACCAGAAAAUGAAAUAUUUACUGCAGUGAAGAGAAUGUGGCUUAAGCCCUUUUUGGUGUUUGCUGAUGAUUCCUAGUGGGGCUCAUAUGAGCUCGGUGUGCGUAGAUAGCAUUGUUGGGAAUACUGUUUGACCUGAAAAGCCUUUUAAAAAAUAAUGCCUACUUGAUUUACAUCUAAAGAGAAUGUCAGGUAAUUAAUUAUAUUUGGAAAAUACUUAAUGCACUAACCUUAAAUUGAAAAUUCAGGUGGAUAAAUAGUCUUACAAAAGGUAGUGUUUUAUGUUAUAACUAUAGCUUUGGUCCCACCUUUAAUUGAGAAGCAUUUAUCUGUAUAAAACAUAUUUUUGGAUAAAUAUAUAUAUAUAUAUUUGUAUCUCUACAGAAAGGCUCUAAAAACAUUUGAGUAAAAUAUUUGGUUCCCUUUUCUAUAAUUACCCUUUAAAAUCCUCUGGCUAUAUUUUUGUUGUUGUUGUUGUUGUCUUUACAGUACAUAUAUUGCUCCUUUUGGUAUUCACAUCUUGUUCCCUGUUUCUCACUUUUGUCACCAAGCUAAUGUUUGUGACAUUUUUAGUAUGAAAGUUUCAGACCUGUUAGGUCUGCAAUUUAAUAAUAAGUUGUCAUGCUGCUAGAAAGUUGUGCUUUCUGUUUCCAGCUGUUUACCUACUUCCUGGGAAAAGUAGUAGCUCUCUGUAGCAUCAUGGAGUUUCAGUGGAACCAAAAUUUUGCCAUUAAAAGCUGGCAUUAUAUUGAACUACACAUUGGAAAAUCAAUCAAAAUAAACUUUUUACUUUUACAAGCGG